GAGUGGACAUAGAAGGUGGAAAGUCAGUUGAGAGCAACAGGAGUGAGCACACCUGGCAACAUGAAUGUGGGCCAGGUGUCAUUCAUGGGUGGACUGGGAACGGUGUCUGCCAGAAACCUGGAUGGCUGGAUCGCGCAGAACCUGGAGCCCAGCACAGCUUUCUCCAUGCGGGUGAAGCAGACGGUGAGGCAGAUCUGUGACUUCCUGAAGGAGGACUGCUUUGGGACCGAAAUCCAUGUCAACAAGAUAGUCAAGGGUGGCUCAGCAGGCAAGGGCACAGCCCUGAAGAACAACUCUGAUGCCGAUGUGGUGCUCUUCCUCAGCUGCUUAUCCAGCUACCAGAAGCAGAAGGAGAAGAGAAAGGAUAUGCUGGAUUUGAUCAUAAUAAGGCUGAAAGCCUGCAGGGAGAACUCGCAAUUCAAUGUGUACAUCAGUCCACCCCGGUCCAAGGGUCCUGGCAAUACACCACGCUCCCUCAGCCUCACUCUUUCCUCCAGGGAGACCGGGGAGUCCAUUGAUGUGGACAUCCUGCCCGCCUAUGACGCCUUGGGGCAGGUAAGAGAGGAUGCCCCGCCAAGGGCAGAAGUGUACGUGGAGCUCCUGAAUGCCUGCAGCCGCCCUGGGGAGUUUUCCACCUGCUUCACUGAGCUGCAGAAGAAGUUUGUGAAGCGUCGCCCUGCCAAGCUGAAGAACCUCCUGCGACUGGUCAAGUACUGGUACAAGGAGCUGAAGCUAAAGAACCCCAGAGCGGACCUGCCCCCAAAGUAUGCCCUGGAGCUGCUGACCAUCUAUGCCUGGGAGGAGGGCACAGGCUCCUGCGACUCCUUUGUUAUGGCUCAGGGCUUCCUUACAGUGCUGAAGCUGCUGUGCCGGUACCAGGACAUCUGCAUCUACUGGGAGAAGUACUACUCGCUCCAGCACGGUGAGAUCGGUGCCUAUGUCAAGGGGCUGCUGCGCCGUGACCGCCCUGUCAUUCUGGACCCUGCUGACCCCACAGGGAUCCUGGGCCAAGGCAAGAACUGGGGCCUGCUGGCGCAGGCAGCUGCCAGCAGCUGCAGCUCACUGCUCUGCCUGGCAGAGGUCCAGCCCUGGGAGGUGCAGCCGGCCCGACGUGUGAACAUUGAGGUGAAGCAGCUGUCAGGCACCAGACUGAGCAUGACCAUCAGCCCCUAUGACACCAUCAGGAAGGUGAAGGAGGAGAUCCAGCAGGAGUGGGGCAUCCCCUUUUACAGGCAGCACUUGGCACAGCAGGAGCCAGGUAGGAACAACAUCAACCUACAGGAUAGCAAGACCCUGGCUGAGCAUGGCAUCUUCUACAGCACUACGCUGGUGCUGCUGCAGAUUGAGCCCCAGGAGAUGCAGGUCUUCGUGAAGGAUGAUAAGAACCGCACCACUACCUACACGGUGCUGCCCACUGACACUGUCCGGAAGCUGAAGGAGCAGAUCCAGAGCCGGCAGGGGCCUCCUGCCGACCAGCAGCGCCUGACGUAUGGCCCCAGAGAGCUGGAGGACCAGCACACGCUGGCACAUUACAACGUCCAGCCCCAGACCACCAUCUACCUGCUCCUGCGGCUCCGGGGGGGUGCAGGCCCCCAGCAUGCCCAGUUCCCUGCCUGCUCGCCAUUCUGAGCAUUGCCCUCAGCACCAGCCCACGCCUCUGUGUACCCCCUCGUCACACUGGAAAUAAACGCCU